AAUGAAAGUAUAACGUUUCAGAAUCGACCAAUCAACAGUGAAAUUUUCUUGUGUGCACCGGGGCCUGAUCCGAGUUCAACCUAGCGAGCUAAGUACUUGAGAAGUAGGAACGAUGAAUUCACUGGAACAGGCAGAAGAUCUAAAGGCGUUUGAAAGAAGAUUGACAGAGUAUGUGUCAUGUUUGCAGCCUGCAACAGGCCGGUGGCGAAUGAUUCUGAUCGUGGUAUCUGUCUGUACAGCAACUGGGGCUUGGAACUGGUUAAUAGACCCAGACACUCAGAAGGUGUCAUUCUUCUCGUCGUUGUGGAAUCACCCUUUUUUUACAAUAAGCUGCAUCACACUGAUCGGUUUGUUCUUUGCUGGGAUUCAUAAACGAGUUGUGGCCCCGUCAAUAAUUGCGGCCCGUUGUCGGACAGUACUUGCAGAAUAUAACAUGUCCUGUGAUGAUACGGGGAAACUGAUCCUGAAACCACGGCCGCAUAUUCAGUAGCGCUUUUCUGUCUUCACCCUCUGAUAGAUAAACGUCUUCUUACAGAAUCCUUAUGGCAAGGAACAGGCGAUAGGUCACAUGUUUGCUAGAGUCAUUCACGUGCGUAAGAAGAGGAAAGGAAGAGGUAGAACACUGAGUGGUUCUGCUACUCCAGUCCAAAGUGCAGAGGAUCAUGGGAUGGUGCUUUUCAAUCCCGUCAGUGUUGGCUGUCACUUUUGGAAGCCAUAUGUGUAAAAACACCUUUAUGAGAGCCCUAUGAAAUGUUUUAGCCUUAGCCUGUUUAUACAUAUCUGAGAUGUUUUAAAUAGAUAUGCUCUGUGUUCCUACUUUUUAACUGUUUAACACAGUGAUAAAUAAAUAUUAAUUUGUGAGGUAAGGCUUCUUGUUCAUAUGUAUGAGUGUGACCAAGCAUCCUGAGUCUUGGUGUCUUUUACUGUAUUUAUCUGGACGUUGUAUUGACCAUUUUGGGCACAACCCAGACAUUGAGAAUUUGUGUGAAUAUAUUUAUCUUUUAAGUAGAUUUAAAGGGUGGUACCAAAGCUGGUUUGUGUUCCAUUACCUUGAUUGUAUUCAGUGCCACAGAGAAGCAAUAUUUCAAUAUUCACAUUUGUCUCAGGAUUCUGUCUGAAGCAAAUUACUCUCUGAAAUGACUUGAUUAAAUGUUUUUUUAAACAUCA